AUGUCCAGCGCCAACAUGUUAUUCUGGAGUUUUUUGCUGCUUACAUUUGUGCAGUGCGUGGCUGGGCUGGUAAUCAGCACACUUUGCCUCGACUUCAUUGCCGAUGCGUCGAUAGACGUCACCGUGAGGGAGGAAGUGUUCCUGCUCUAUGGCACCUUCUCAAGGACCUUCCUCACGAUGUUCGAGGUGCUUUUCGCCAAUUGGGGUCCGGCGUGCCGGGUUCUGAUGGAAAACGUGAGCGAAUGGUUCUCGCUCUUCUUCCUUUUCUACCGAUGUAUCCUUGGAUUUGCCGUCUUGAACAUCAUCAACGCCGUCUUUGUGCAGCAGACUAUGAAGACGGCGAGCUCUGAUGAAGAGAUUGCCUUCAAACAGAAGGAGAAGGAUAUCCAGUCCUACACCCGGAAAGUCAAGAAGCUUUUCCAGACGAUGGAUGCAUCAGGAGAUGGCGCCAUCAACCUUACGGAGUUUUCGAAGCUGGUACAAUCUCCAAAACUGAAAUUCUGGAUGGGCCAGCUUGAGCUGGAGUACCACGACCUACUCAGUCUCUUCGAGUUUCUGGAUAACGGCGAUGGCGAGAUCACCCUCAUGGAGACUCUGAUGCAGAGUGAGUCAGUUUAA